GGCCGACAAGCGACGACGUUUGUCUGAAUUUGCUCAUAGUGCGCAUAGGACAUCUAGUUAUAUUUAUAUGAUAUAUAUGCUGGAGCUGAUCCAGAUCCUGUCAAGCUAGUAUCACAGAGAGUGCAUACAGUUACGUACUCAAGGGAAGCAUGAAGAACGAAGGCAUAGAGGGGACGGAGCUGUUCCUCAGCCCGGAAAGAGGUCGAGGUCUUCGGGCACUCAGACACUUCGAGGUGGGGGAGCUGGUGUUCGCCUGCCCAGCCUACUCGUACGUGCUAACAGAAACAGAGAGAGGAGCACACUGCGAGCACUGUUUCACGAGGAAAGAAGAUCUUUUUAAAUGUGGCAAAUGUAAGCAGGCCUACUAUUGCAACAUUGACUGCCAGCGAGGGGACUGGCCCAUGCAUAAACUGGAGUGUGUUGCUAUGUGCGCCUAUGGGGAGAACUGGUGUCCAUCUGAGACGGUCAGACUUGUGGCCAGAAUCAUCAUGAAACAGAGAGUCACAACAGAGCGAACGCCAUCAGAAAGACUACUGCUGCUUAAAGAGUUUCAAGCGCAUUUAGACAAGAUGGACAGCGAGAAAGACGAAAUGAACCAAACAGACAUCGCUGCCUUGCACCAUUUCUACUCUAAGCACAUCAGCAAUAUCCCAGAUGACCAGGCUCUUACUGAGCUCUUUGCACAGGUUAAUUGCAAUGGUUUCACAAUUGAAGAUGAGGAGCUCUCACAUUUGGGAUCAGCCGUUUUUCCUGAUGUAGCACUGAUGAACCACAGCUGCAGUCCAAAUGUCAUUGUCACCUACAAGGGCACAGUAGCAGAAGUAAGAGCAGUGAAGGAAAUCAGCCCGGGAGAGGAGGUCUUUAAUAGUUAUAUCGACUUGCUGUACCCCACGGAGGACCGAAAAGAAAGGUUGUUAGAUUCCUACUUCUUCACAUGCCAGUGUACGGAGUGCACCACAAAGUCAAAGGACAAAGAAAAAAUGGAAAUCCGAAAGCUGAGCUCUGGAGCACCUGAACCAGAGGAAAUCCGAGCCAUGGUCCGAUAUGCCAAGAAUGUAAUUGAAGAAUUCAGGAGAGCAAAACAUUAUAAAAGCCCGAGCGAGUUGCUGGAGAUGUGCGAACUAAGCCAGGAGAAGAUGGGUGCCAUAUUUGCCGACACGAAUGUCUAUAUGCUGCACAUGAUGUAUCAGGCCAUGGGCGUCUGUCUCUACAUGCAGGAUUGGGACGGAGCUAUGAACUACGGAGAGAAAAUCAUACAACCAUACAGCGUGCACUACCCAGCCUACUCUCUAAACGUAGCGUCCAUGUAUCUGAAACUCGGCCGCUUGUAUUUGGGGCUGGAGAAGAAGACGCAAGGGGUCAAAGCUCUGAAGAAGGCACUGGCCAUUAUGGAGGUGGCUCAUGGGAAAGAUCACCAUUAUGUUGCGGAAGUCAAACGGGAAAUUGAGGAGCAGAAAUAAAAACAAACUUAUCAAGAAAAGGAGGAGAGGAAGGCACACACCCUGACUGCAUGGCAUGCAAUUUCCCCCCCAACAUUACUGUACUGCUGCCUCUUUGGGGAGGAUUUGCUAUCAUCUCUUCAAAUUUUGGCUGUGCAAGCAACUACAUACCAGUGUUUUAAAUGCAACUUUUUGUUCUGUUCUAGGCCAUUUUUUUUGUCUAUGUCUCGGAACCAUUUCUUUAAAAAAAAGUUUUUUGACUGCCUUGCAAGAAGCAUUUUGGAUGAAACUAAGACGUCUUGUCUUGACUGAACUUUACGCAAUCCUGAUUUUUCGUUUGAAUAAUGUUCAAUUUGCAACACUUUAUAACACAGCAGUGUUUUUACCAAACAUCAGUGUUUCUUGCUUCUUCAAAUCUUGUUUGAAACGUGAACUUAAGACUGAUCAUGCGUCAUCAGGAACUCUGUAGCAACAAAAGAGAAAAUGCAAAAAACCUUUCCUGGGUUAGUACAUUUUUGGCUUUCUCUGUCGUGUUUGAUGGACUUUAACUCGCAUGUUGUUGUUGUUUUUUUUUUAAUGUCUUCUUGUUGACCAGAAACACAGUGGGCUUUAUUGGGAUGUCUCUUCUUAGUGUACAUUUAUCAAGCACAACAUUAUAACGAGGAAAUGCUUGCAAGUAAAUUAAUACCUCUCUGAACAUUUCAAUCAAAACUGAGCUUCUCUAGAAAGUCCAAAUUUCCGAAACUCUUUUUGGAGUUGUGCCUAUUACAGUUUCCCAUGAGGAAAUAUUUGCUGUCAUUGAAAGAAAUAUCAUUUUAGAUUUGUAAAAUAUGUGCUGGCCUAAGGCCAGCGAAACUACAGCAGUUGUAUUUUUUGCUGUUGUUGCACCCUCUAAAAUGACAAGUUUUCAACCAGAAGUUUUGAAACGUCAAUCGCAUGCAUUUUAUGUUUUGAUUAUUUGAAUCUCUUUGUUCAUGUGUGUGUUCUUAACUUAUUGGCUGCCAUUGACAACGCUGGACAUCCAAUCCAUUUGAAGGGUCCAUUUUGCUGCCACCCUUCAACUUCAAUUAGUUUGGACGUCUACUAGUGAUGAACCCAUUCAAAGAGUUUUAAUUUAGUUUUUAAGAACCACGUGAUUAGAUUAAUUUCUGUAAACAAUAUUUUUUUCAAUUCUUCUGGGCUUUGAAAUGUUGCACUAAAUGUUAAUAGAAGAUGUCAUUUGUGGCAAACUUGAAAUAUUUAUGUCAGUCUUUUGAUGUAUCUUUACUUCAUGUACUGCCAGCAUGUAUUUGUAGCCUUUCCAAUUUUUUCCUCUUUCAACUCUGGGUCCAGCUUACCUAUUGUUAUGAGGGGUCACAAACAGUAGCGACCUUUGGUUUGUAAAUAUGAUGAUGGCUUGUUCUGCACUCUGUAGGAAAUAACAUUUCAAGGGCUGUCAGUGAUGAAUCGACCUUGCGCCUCUUUUUCAGUGAUGUCAUAAAACAACUGUACGGCACGUCAACUAUCCCAAUCAAUCCAGUAUAUUGCAUGGACAUGUUUCAUUUAAAAACAGAUCAUUUUUUUUCACGGCAUGAAUGGUUGUGGAAUGCAAAAAAAAUAAGAAACAUCUUUCUGUACUCUGUGCAAUCUAAUAAAUAGCAUUAUUGUACUCAUUUACAAUCAGCAUUU